CAGGGGGUAUUUGCAAUUUGAGCUUCUUGGGUCAGGCAGCUCAGAGGGUGGCGCUGUUGCUGCUGCCUCCAUGGUUCCAUGUGAUUUGGGAGCCCGGGCUGAGCCGCUGCUGCCCCCCAGCGGGGUGUGUGCAAGGAGAGCCCUUCCCUAGCGCCCCUCGGGGCCCAGCCGGGGGGACUUUCUGCGGGGGCUGGAACCAGCCGCGGGCUCUGCCGACACCAGCCCCUGAGCCGGAGCCUGCAGGCUGCAGAAUGACAUCCACAUCUUGCUCCAGAUCUUCCCAUCCUCCCAAGGGACAGGGAAGAGACAUGGCUGCUUCAGUGGUGCUGGCUCAAGAGCUGGUGACCUUCAAGGAGGUGGCUGUGUAUUUUACUGAAGAGCAAUGGGCUCUGAUGGACCCCCAUCAGAGAGCCCUCUACAGGGACGUCAUGCAGCAGAACUAUGAGAAUGUGACCUCUCUGGGAUUUCCAGUUGCCAAACCCAACAUAAUAUCCCAGCUGGAACGAGGGGAAGAGCCGUGGGUGUCAGACCUCCCGAGCUUUGAGGAAAGGGACAUCCUGAGAAACAUCCGCACAGGUGAUAGGAUGGUGCGUGAGAGCGAGGAGGAGAAUCCUCAGCAGGAAGUUCCUGAGCAAAUGGAACAACAUGGAAAUCUAUCUGGAAAAACGGAAGAGGAAGUUUCCCAGAGUCCUGAGCUGAGAGAAGCCUGUGAGAGACAGCAAGGAAACAACCCAGGGAUGAAACUGGGUAAAUACACUUACCAAGUGGGAGGUCUGAAGGACCUUAAGGAAACCACAAUCCAGCCAAGAGUCUUCAGUAAAGAGGAACCAUAUGACUGUGCUGAGUGUGGGAGAAGUUUCAACCGGAAAUCCAACCUUGUUAGACAUCAAAGAGUCCACACCGGCGAAAAACCCUAUAACUGCCCCAGCUGUGGGAAGUGCUUCAAUCAGAUAUCAAACCUUAUUGUACAUCAACGAAUCCAUACAGGAGAGAGACCCUAUAAAUGCCUCGACUGUGAGAAAAAUUUCAAGCACAGUUCAGACCUUGUUUUACACCAGAGAAUUCACACGGGAGAGAGACCAUAUAAAUGCCCUGACUGUGGGAAGAGCUUCAAGCAGAGCUCAGUCCUUAUUUCACAUCACACAAUCCAUACGGGAGAGAAACCCCACAACUGUCUUGAGUGCGGGAAAUAUUUUGCUUAUUUCUCAUCCCUGAUUUCACACCAGAGAAUCCACACAGGAGAGAGACCUUAUACAUGCCUCGACUGCGGGAAAACCUUCAGUCAGAAAGCGUACCUUAUUGUCCACCAGAGAAUCCACACGGGAGAGGCACCCUAUAGCUGUCCUGAGUGUGGGAAAAGCUUCAAGCAGAGAUCAGACCUUAGUGUACAUCAGAGAAUCCAUGUGGCAGAGAGACCCUAUAAAUGCCCCGACUGUGGGAAAAGCUUCAGCCAGAGUUCAAACCUUCUUAAACACCAGAGAGUCCACACAGGAGAGAGACCCUAUAACUGCCUGGAGUGUGGGAAACAUUUUUCUAAUUUCUCGUAUCUGAUUUCACAUCGGAGAAUCCACACAGGAGAGAGACCCUAUAAGUGCCCCGACUGCGGAAAAAGCUUCAGGCAGAGCUCAGACCUCAGUAAACAUCGGAGACUCCACACAGGAGAGGCACCCUAUAAAUGUUCUUUCUGUGGGAAAAGCUUUGCUCUGAGCUCAAACCUGAUUUCACACCAGAGAAGUCACACGGGAGAGGCACCCUAUAAAUGUGCCAACUGCGGGAAAAGCUUCAAACAGAGCUCGGACCUUAUUUCACACAGACGAAUUCACACAGGUGAGAGACCUUAUAAAUGCUCUGUCUGUGGAAAGAGCUUCAGCCAGAGAUCAAACCUCACCAUACAUCAGAAAAUCCACACAACAGCGAGACCCUAUAACUGCCCUGACUGCGGGAAAAGCUGCAAGCGCAGCUCAGAACUAAUUUUGCAUCAGAGAAUCCACACGGGAGAGAAACCCUUUAACUGCUCCAAUUGUGGGAAAAGUUUCUGUCAGAGAUCGCACCUUAUUAGGCAUCAGAGAAUUCACACAGGAGAGAGACCUUAUAAAUGCUCUGUCUGUGGAAAGAGCUUCAGCCAGAGAUCAAACGUCACCGUACAUCAGAAAAUUCACAAGGCAGUGAGACCCCAUAACUGCCCUGAGUGUGGGAAAAGCUGCAAGCGCAGCUCAGACCUUAUUUCACAUCAGAAAAUUCAUGUGGGAGAGAAAUCCCAUAACUGCCCUGAGUGUGGAAAAAGCUUCAAGCGGAGCUCAGAACUAAUUUCACAUCAGAGAAUCCACACGGGAGAGAAACCCUUUAACUGCUCCGAAUGUGGGAAAAGUUUCUGUCAGAGAUCGCACCUUAUUAGGCAUCAGAGAAUUCACAUGGGACAUAAACCCUUUAACUGCUCUGAGUGCGGAAAGAACUUUACCCAGAGCUCAGCCCUUAUUGUCCAUCACAGAAUGCACACUGGAAAUAAACCAUAUACAUGUUCUGUCUGUGGGAAAAGCUACAAGGCGAAGGUAUCGCUAAUAUCCCACCAGAAACUGCACACAACUCCUCAGGACAGGGCUCUGGCCUUGCCAACAGAGACUCUGGGCUUUAGUUACAGUGGGUCCCAGGGAGGGCUGCAGCCCGGGUUGUUAUCCAUGGGGCACAGGAAGCAGGGCUGGGAGCAGCCGCUGAGAGCUGGUGUAUCCGGCGCUGGGGCGAGGGCAGGGGGAGAGUUCAAGGUUGGUAGGAGGCAUCAGUGGUACUCUCAGAGGGCCAGAGACUGCACAGCGCCUGCAUUUGAGUGGUCCGGGAUCAAGGCGGCUGGAAGAAGCUGUCGCUGCCUCCAUUGUGAGCCGGAGCCCGGGCUGAGCCGCUGCUGCUCCCCAGCGGGGUGCGGGGAGAGACCUGCAUUAACCUCCCUUUGCAUCCGUUCCUCCCAGGGGAGGACUUUCUGCGGGGGCUGGAACCAGCCCCGGGCUCUGGCGACACCAGCCCCGGAGCCGGAGCCUGCAGGCUGCAGAAUGACAUCCACAUCUUGCUCCAGAUCUUCCCAUCCUCCCAAGGGACAGGGAAGAGACAUGGCUGCUUCAGUGGUGCUGGCUCAAGAGCUGGUGACCUUUGAGGAGGUGGCUGUGUAUUUUACUGAAGAGCAAUGGGCUCUGCUGGACCCCCAUCAGAGAGCCUUCUACAGGGACAUCAUGCAGCAGAACUAUGAGAAUGUGAUCUCGCUGGGAUUUCCAGUUGCCAAACCCAACAUAAUAUCCCAGCUGGAACGAGGGGAAGAGCUGUGGGUGUCAGACCUCCCGAGCUUUGAGGAAAGGGACAUCCUGAGAAACAUCCGCACAGCAGGUGAUGGGAUGGUGGGUGAGAGCGAGGAGGAGAAUCCUCAGCAGGAAGUUCCUGAGCAAGUGGAACAACAUGGAAAUCUAUCAGGAAAAACUGAAGAGGAUGUUUCCCAGAGUCCUGAGCAGAGAGAAGCCUGUGAGAGACAGCAAGGAAACAACCCAGGGAUGAAACUGGGUAAAUACACUUACCAAGUGGGAGAUCUGAAGGACCUUAAGGAAACCACAAUCCAGCCAAGAGUCUUCAGUAAAGAGGAACCAUAUGACUGUGCUGAGUGUGGGAGAAGUUUCAACCGGAAAUCCAACCUUGUUAGACAUCAAAGAGUCCACACCGGCGAAAAACCCUAUAACUGCCCCAGCUGUGGGAAGUGCUUCAAUCAGAUAUCAAACCUUAUUGUACAUCAACGAAUCCAUACAGGAGAGAGACCCUAUAAAUGCCUCGACUGUGAGAAAAAUUUCAAGCUCAGUUCAGACCUUGUUUUACACCAGAGAAUUCACACGGGAGAGAGACCUUAUAAAUGCCCUGACUGUGGGAAGAGCUUCAAGCAGAGCUCAGUCCUUAUUUCACAUCACACAAUCCAUACGGGAGAGAAACCCCACAACUGUCUUGAGUGCGGGAAAUAUUUUGCUUAUUUCUCAUCCCUGAUUUCACACCAGAGAAUCCACACAGGAGAGAGACCGUAUACAUGCCUCGACUGCGGGAAAACCUUCCGUCAGAAAGCGUAUCUUAUCGUCCACCAGAGAAUCCACAUGGGAGAGGCACCCUAUAGCUGUCCUGAGUGUGGGAAAAGCUUCAAGCAGCGAUCAGACCUCAGUGUACAUCAGAGAAUCCAUGUGGCAGAGAGACCCUAUAAAUGCCCCGACUGUGGGAAAAGCUUCAGCCAGAGUUCAAACCUCCUUAAACACCAGAGAGUCCAUACAGGAGACAGACCCUAUAACUGCCUGGAGUGUGGGAAACACUUUUCUAAUUUCUCUUACCUGAUUUCACAUCGAAGAAUCCACACAGGAGAGAGACCCUAUAAGUGCCCCGACUGCGGGAAAAGCUUCAAACAAAGCUCGGACCUUAGUAAACAUUGGAGACUCCACACAGGAGAGACACCCUAUAAAUGUUCUUUCUGUGUGAAAAGCUUUGCUCUGAGCUCAAACUUGAUUUCACACCAGAGAAUCCACACGGGAGAGGCACCCUAUAAAUGUGCCAACUGCGGGAAAAGCUUCAAACAGAGCUCGGACCUUAUUUCACACAGACGAAUUCACACAGGUGAGAGACCUUAUAAAUGCUCUGUUUGUGGAAAGAGCUUCAGCCAGAGAUCAAACCUCACCAUACAUCAGAAAAUUCACACGGCAGCGAGACCCUAUACCUGCCCUGAGUGUGGGAAAAGUUGCAAGCGCAACUCAGACCUUUCAGAGAAGCAGGGCUGGGAGCAGCCGCUGAGAGCUGGUGUAUCCGGCGCUGGGGCGAGGGCAGGGGGAGAGUUCAAGGUCGGUAGGAGGCAUCAGUGGUACUCUCAGAGGGCCAGAGACUGCACAGCGCCUGCAUUUGAGUGGUCCGGGAUCAAGGCGGCUGGAAGAAGCUGUCGCUGCCUCCGUUGUGAGCCGGAGCCAGGGCUGAGCCGCUGCUGCUCCCCAGCGGGGUGCGGGGAGAGACCUGCAUUAACCUCCCUUUGUGCCCGGCCGGGGGGACUUUCUGCGGGGGCUGGAACCAGCCCCUGGGGCAGCCCCGGGCUCUGCCGACACCAGCCCCUGAGCCGGAGCCUUCAGGGGCCGGUGACCUUUGAGGCAGUGGCUGUGUAUUUCACCAAGGAGGAGUGGGCUCUGCUGGACCCCAGUCAGAGAGCCCUCUACAGGAAUAUCAUGCAGGAGAACUAUGAGACUGUGACAUCUCUGGGUUUUCCUAUUCCCAAACCGAAUGUGAUCUCCCAGCUGGAACGGGGGGAAGAGCCUUGGGUCCCAGCUCUUCAGGGCUCUAAGGAAAAAGAGAUCCUGAGAAACAUCUACACAGGAGGGGAUGGGACGGUGACUGAGAAGGAAGCAGACAAUUCUCAGCGGGGAGGUCCGGAGCAAGUGGAACUGCAUGGGAUGCAGUCAGGAAGAGCUGAAAGGAACAGUCCCUGUUCAGGACUCCAGGAAGCAACCUACAAGAGUCAGCUCAGGCCAGAGAGGCAGCUGGGAAAGCACCGAGGGAAGACACGGGGUAAAUCCACUCAGCAUGGAGGAGUUUUGAAAGACCUUCCCGAAGACACGAUCCAGCCAGGAAUCUGCACUAAAGAAAAAAUGUAUGAUUGUGCUGAGUGUGGGAAAAGCUUCAGUUGGAGAUCACAUCUUAUUGUACAUCAGAGAAACCACACGGGGGAGAAACCCUAUAACUGCCCCGAGUGUGAGAAAAGCUUCAGUCGGAGCUCUACCCUGAUUAUACAUCAGAGAGUCCACACGGGGGAGAGACCCUACAAGUGUCACGACUGUGGGAAGAGUUUCAAGCGCAGCUCAGAACUUCUUUCACAUCGACGAACCCACACGGGAGAGAAACCCCAUAACUGCCCUGACUGUGGGAAAACCUUCAGUGAUGGCUCAAAUCUCAUUAAGCAUCAGAGAAUCCACACAGGACAGAAACUCUAUAACUGCCCUGAGUGCGGGAAGAGCUUCAGUCGGAGCUCACACCUUAUCACUCAUCAGAGAAUCCACACAGGAGAGCGGCCCUUCUACUGCCCUGAGUGCGGGAAGGGGUUCAGUCGGAAGGCUCAUGUCAUUACACACCAGAAAACCCACACUGGAGAGAGACCCUUUCGAUGUCCCGAGUGCGGGAAAAGCUUCAUUCGGAGCUCAGACCUCACUAUACAUAAAAGAAUCCACACGGGAGAGACACCCUAUAAGUGUUCUGUCUGCGGGAAAAGUUUCAAGCAGAGCUCAGAACUUAUUUCACAUCAGAGAAGCCACACAGGAGAAAGACCUUAUAACUGCCCCGACUGCAAGAAAAGCUUCAGUAAUAGCUCCGACCUUAUUGUGCAUCGGAGAAUCCACACAGGAGAGAAGCCCUAUAAAUGCUCCGAUUGCGGGAAAAGCUUUGGUCACAGCUCGGCCUUUAUUAGACACAGGAGAAUCCACACUGGCCUGAGGCCCUAUAAUUGCCCCGAGUGCGGGAAAAGUUUUGCUCAGAAAUGGCACCUUAUUAGACACCAGAGAAUGCACAAUGGAGAGACACCCUAUAAAUGUUCUGUCUGUGGGAAAAGCUACAAGGCAAAAGUCUCCCUCGUGUCUCACCAGAAACUCCACACAGGAUAGAAGGCAGUGGGAGCCGUCCCUGUGGGACAAUGGGUCUGUGCUCCCCUGAAGCAAAGUGUAAACCUGCUGCAAUUGAGGAUGGGCUGAGUGGGCACAGCAGGCAAGUGGGUGGUUUGGAUUUCACUGAGGGUGGCUGGUGAGGCCAAAGGAGGGGGCAGUGCUGGGCACUGGGGAGAUAAGUCAUUUCCGGGUCUGGGGGGAGCAGGCGAUGGAAUUAGUGGGGAGACAUUUUAUGCAAGUUCCACAUGCGCUUUCCAAUUUAGCAGGGAGGUAAAAAUUCCCCGUUGCCAUCCAGUCAUCCUUGCAGUUCCUAAGGCCCUUGAGGACAGAUGCACGCGGAUGUUCUGUGGGGCAGCACCAAGCAGUUGUACGCGGCUGUAGUUUAUAAAGCAGCCGAGAGCUACUGCUCUGAAGUAACAGGAUUUCAGAGCAAGUCUUGGUGUAUUGAAUGUCCCUGUAGACAUGCGGGGGUGCACUGAACAUUGGGGAAUCCAUGGGGGGAGAUUCGCCUGAGAGGUUUGAUUGCCCUGUUCCUGAGAGGCCAACAGUGAGAGCCGGAGACUUGGGACGUAGCACUCCUGGGUUUGGCUCCUGGCUCUGAGAAGAGUGUGGGGUCAGGUGGCUAGAGCAGGGCAAAGGAAGUGGGAGUUAGGACUUCUUGGUUCAGUAGCCAACUCUCCUAGUGUCUCCUUGUGUGACCCUGUACCAGUCACUUCCCCUCUCUGAUGUCUUGUUCCUCCUGUCUCUGCCCUGGGGAUAGUAAUAGUCGCUCACCUCCCUGGAGAGUUGUGGGGUGUCACUAAUCACUGUUUCAGAGUAGCAGCCGUGUUAGUCUGUAUUCGCAAAAAGAAAAGGAGUACUUGUGGCACCUUAGAGACUAACAAAUUUAUUAG